ACAAAGUUCAAAGAAGACGCAACAGAACUUCUGUUUGUCUUGAUAGUUGUUUUUAAUCAGUUUUGAUAUAUAAGUAUAUGAGUUAGAGGACAUUUCAUUUCAUAAGAUGGAAACUUCAUGGAACUCCGAUAUCCUUCAUGUAACAUACACUGUGUUUGGAUGGAUUGCUUUUGUGGGGUGGUCUACUAGUUUCUAUCCUCAACUUUUCAUGAACUUCUCAAGAAAAAGUGUGGUUGGUUUGAACUUCAACUAUUUGCUAUUGAACAACACCAAACAAACCUUAUACCUCAUCUACAACGCCUCUUUGUACUUCAAUUCUACUCUUCAGUUUCAAUAUCACAAAAAGUAUGGUUUUGAUCAGAUGAUACCUGUAGCUGCAAAUGACGUAGCCUUCUCAGUACACGCGGUUCUAAUAACCACAGUGUUGUUGUUCCAAGUUGUUAUAUACGAGCGUGGAAAUCAAUCAAUAUCAAAAAUCACUAUGGGAAUUAUUACUCUGGUGUGGGUAACUGCUGGAGUUUGUUUCUUCAUAGCAUUUCCUUCCAAUUCAUGGCUUUGGCUAGUUUCUAUCUUCAACACAAUGCAAGUGCUUUUGACAUCUAUCAAAUAUAUUCCACAGGCAGUUAUGAACUUCAAGCUAAAGAGCACAAAUGGAUUUUGCAUUGGAAAUGUGUUCUUAGAUUUUAUUGGAGGAAUAUCAAACUUUGCUCAGAUGGUUACACAAUCAAUUGAUCAAAACUCUUGGGUGAAUUUCUCUGGAAACCUUGGCAAAGUAUUGUUAUCCCUGGUGGCCCUUUUCUUUGAUAUUAUAUUCAUGUGUCAACAUUAUGUGCUUUAUCCAUCCAAUAAAACAUCAGGAAUUCCUCUUUCUAAAUUCAAUGACAAUGUUAAAGAGCCCCUUAUAAAGUCUCCUAAUCAGCCAUUAGCCACAAAUCUGCAUGCAACUGAAAAUGUUUGAGUUUGAAAUUAAGUUUGGUCACACUACAUAUUAAUGCAUAUAAUUAGUCACCUGUAUGGUUUUAGUAUGUACAGGUAAGAGCAUAGGCUUGUAAUUUCAAGAUACUAAUUCAAAUCUUAUAAAAAAAAAUUAUUGUAAAAUAAUCGUUAUGCCACUUUGAUUAUAAUAACUAUUUUGUAAAGAAAUGUGAAGAAAAAAUUUAAAGGAAUUUCAUCAAGUGUAAUUGAAAAAUAAUUAUUUUUUAUUUUAAAAAGUCUGGAGU